CCCAAACGCAAGCUGUGCACUGCACGCAUAUAUUAGUCGUUUACCGAGUGCAGCCGGUCGCACCGUCUAUUCAGCCGACCUAAAAACCGGCAUCGCCGGUAUCAAUAAUUGCUCAUCUUUUCUUCUCUGUCCAGAUUCUCAAGUCUCCUCCUAGAGAUAGAUAAUCAUCAUCAUCAUUCCUCGGAUCCAAUCCAAUUACGUAUCGUCUCUUCAUAGGGUUACUGGAGAUUAUUGGGUUGAGGAUGGCUAACAAUGAGGAGCAACCUCCUCGUCCUCGUGGGAAUGAAUGGGAAGUGGUCUCGCUAACUUCAUCAGCAUAUGCUGCUGCUCCUGGUCCAUAUAACGUUGAAUCACGCAAGUUCGAUGCUUACUAUGGAGCAGAAGCUUCACGCGAUUUGUUCAUGUCUGACCACUUUGUGUUCCCACCUAGUGAGCAUGAGAAUUUACCCCUCGAUGAACCUGUCUUCGAAGAGGAAGAUAGAAAGGAUGGCCAAGACUUGAUGCUGGAAGGUCAGGGGUUGUCUGAUCAGGUAAUAAACUCACGGAGUAACUAUGGUGAACCUGCGCCUGGUUCUUCUAGACACAUGGAAUCACUCGCGAGUGAUGCUGAGCCAAAUGAGUAUGCAGGGGGAGACUUACAUCCCCAUUCGGAUUCCGCAACAAGUCCCAUUUCACUUGACAAGGACAGCCUUCCUUGCGAAGCUUGGUGGAGAAGGAGGGCUGUUUCUAUGUAUUCACGCACAAGAGAAGCAAAUGCGAUAUGGUCCUUGUUCUUUGCAGCUGCCGUCACGGGACUCGUGGUUCUUGGUCAACGCUGGCAACAAGAGAGGUGGCAGGUUUUGCAACUCAAGUGGCAAUCAAGUAUCAGCAGCGAGAAGCUGAGCAGAGUACUUGAACCUCUCUCGCGCUUGAAAGACGUGAUUGUGAGAGGUAACCCACAAGCUUCACUCGUAAGGAGUGCCUCCUCCACUGAGAUCUAGAGACAACAAAAGAAAGGCCAAUGCAGCGUUCGACAAUUCGCACGAGCACAGGUACAUACAAACUUGGUCUUCAGUUACAUAUGUGUGCCUCGAUGUCAAAAGCUUUUGCUUCUUCUUUUUUUUUGGCCUAUGUUGCUUCAUCAUCUUGAUCUUGUACCGUUAUCCAUUAGAAUGGAAAUCCAAUCGCCUUCUUACAAAACUCUCUCUAGGUGUCAAAAGCUUCUUGUCUUAGUGUGGAAAUAUAUACACUCAUACACUUGUUUUUUUUUUUUAAUAAUGAUUUUUUAUCCACUUUCAUUGAGUGAUUACUAUUAGAGGCGAUACGUUCUGAUUUGUAAAAGAAUUCAAAAAUAUAUAAUUUGUGAAAUGCAGUUGUAGUAUAUAAUCAUAAGAUCUCAAAAUUUAUGUGGAUGAAA